ACAGCUGACCAGGUCCAUCUCUAUUUAAGCACGUGCUGUUUUUAGCUUCCCCGAAAUAUCUCUUUGUUAUGGAAACAUUUAACAAUUGUCCUGGGUUCUGCCCUUCUUGCGGAUCAAUUUUGCCCACUCUGCAAGUUAAAGGAAAUGUGAUGUGUUACAACUGCAAGAAAGAGUUCCUGCCUGAUGUUUAUAGCGGGGAGAAGUCCGACUUCGUAAUACACUUCAACGCCUACGAUCCCAGCAAGGUUUUUAACCGGACAAAAAGAGAAUCGGAAUCUUCAGAGGCAGACGGCCCAGUGGUGGAGAGGAAGUGCCCCAAGUGCAACCACGAUAAGAUGUCAUACGCCACCCUGCAGCUUCGAUCCGCGGAUGAAGGACAAACUGUUUUCUUUACGUGCCUUAAGUGCAAAUUUAAGGAAUCGGAAAACUCUUAGACUUAAAACUUAUAGUGUAACCCAGUAUGGAUACCCAGUAAAAUAUAUUGUAUAAAAAUGUGUUGUCACAGAACCAAAGCAA